GGCGGUGUAAACAAACCGGCAUGGUUUCAUUUAUAUAGACUGUUUGAGUGUUUGAUUUGAAAAUGAUCGGGUUAUAUGCCGAGAAAAAGACUCAGUUGUCCAGUUUAAGUUUAUUACUAUAUUUUCCUGAAGGGUCUGGUAGUGAUACUAAAUUAUCUGAGAUAUCUAUAAAAGAUAAUACUGUUAGUAUCGAACAACAUGAUUCAAUUGUUAGCUUUCUACUAGAUCAGACCACAAUGUUACCCUCAUCAUGUCGUGGUUUACUAGUUAAUUCUCACGAUGAACUACAGUUAACCAUACAAUACCUAGAUACCAACACUAACAGUAAAACAACCAGAGAACAUCUUUCUGAUAGAUUUACAACCCAAACUAAACUAAUAGAGGAGAUAACUCAAUGUGGUAAUAAUGUUUAUUGUUGUGGUUGUGGACAGAAGUUAUUCAAUGAUCACAAUAAGUUUAAUAGAAUACUGCCUUUACCAUCAGAAAACUGGUCAGAUUUUGCUGAUAUGUGGUUUUGUCACAAGCAUGAAGAAGAGCACCAUGAUAAGGAUUCCAGACCAAAUGGUUUAAAACCAAAGCCGAAUGACUGUUUAGUUGGUACAACCUAUAUAUUAAUAAAUAGUAACCAUAUAAAAACAGACAGUGUUAGUUAUAAUAACACAGAAGUGGUCUGUAAUCGAUGUGGAAAUUGUAUUGGUAAGGGAAGUAACUCCAGUAAAUCAGAAAAGGAAGCAGACAAUAUUAAAAGAAUCUAUCUACAUGCUGUCAUGUUUUUAUCACCCACAAAAAAAAUACAGAAUCUACUUUUAUCGUCUACAAGCCAAAAAGAAAGGUUAGAGAAUUAUCUAAGUCAGUUGAUUUUAGAAGAAAGUCGUUUAUUUACAAGUUUUAGAUUUAUUGUAAAGUCAAGUGAUUCCCAGGGUAAAUCAGUACAAAUAUUGUUGUGGUUAUUAGAUGAAUAUGUGGAAGUUUUCCAGUGUCAGAGCUCUAAUAAAAUAAACCAAGUAACAUCAAUACCCUCAGUUAAAGUAUUAUAUAGAUGUAUUCUAUCUACUAGAGGUUGUAGAGUGGAAGACAAAGCUAUCUAUAAAUUAUGGGAACGAGACAACAGUGUUCAUCUAAUAGACUUGCCUUACACACUAUCAUUACAUCUGAUAUCAUUAUUAAUAUCUAGUUCUAAACACUUACCAUUCUCUACUAGACAACUUAAUGGUUUUAAUGUUGGCUUGUUGCAGUUACAAAAGACCUGAUACAUUCUUGUCACAAGGAAAAGGUUUGAAACAAAUCGAAAGAAGAAAAACAUGGUGUUUGAGAAAAUGUUUUUAUUGAUGCAAAAGUGAUAAUGUCAUAUACUCUUAUUAAAGAUAAUAAAUUCAGUUAUUCAAAAGU